CAAGUGGAGAGAAAUACGCAAGCAGCUCAAAUCAGUCCCACUGUGAGAUACAAUGAGUGUGUGAGCAAAAGAUGAGCUCCUUUUUUGCCCGAGUCUGUGUUCAUCAGAGAGAGCUCAAGUAUUGGCUGUCUCUAGUACACCCCCCCUUCCACCAGUCAUCCAAUCAGAGGCAGCAGCAGGCAGGCAAAGCUGCCAGUGCGAGGCUGCAGUCAGAAACAGAGCAGAGCUCUCUGCAUUUGCCCGCCACACUGUCUCAGAAAGCUACCUUGGUGGAUAGAGAGGCAGAUGGAAAAGAACUGAACGAAGGUUGCAGCACAACUGAGAAUCACAACUCCUUCUCUGUCGCCAUGGAAACCACUGAACAAUCAGUGCUGCCGAUGGACUGUGAAGUGGAGGUCGCUGUGGCUGAUUCACCUGAGGAGCGGAAGGAUUUCAGUGCAGAUGAUGAGCAAGUUUGUUUAGAGACAGACUCAUCAGAUUCCCUAGGGGAAAAGGCAAUGAUUGGCACAUUAUUAACUGACCUGCCAACUGGAACAAUUGAGACUGAAAACCCUGACUGCUCUGAGACCAGUGUUUGCACUGAAAUGCCUUGUCAAGAUCAAAAGGAAGUUUUGAUAUUAGAACCAGCGCAUGAAGAGCUUAACAGGAAUGAAUCAGUCACCUCAUCUGUGUCUGACACACUCUCCAGUGCUGACAGUGUUUAUGAGAAUGAGGCCCAUCGUAAGAGGCAGGACACACCAGAACAAGAUCCUGAGCAAGAACAAGUCCCUGAGCCGGAGCAAUAUCUUGAGCCAGAGCCAGAUCCUGAAUCAGAGCAAUACCCUGAGCCAGAACAAGACCCUGAACCAGAGCAAUACCCUGAACCUGAGGACAACCUUAAACUUGGGCAAUAUCCUGAGCCAGAGCAAGACCCUGACCUCGAGCCAUACCCUGACCCUGAGCUAGAGUUAUACCCUGACCCAUUGCAAGACCCUGAGCUAGAGUUAUACCCUGAGCCAGAGCCUGAGGCUGGGGAUAAUGAGCUUAAUCCUGAAAAUGAUGGCUAUAAAAAUCUGCCAAUAGAAACAGAGGAUGACCCAGAGACCAAUGAAAUCCUAUUUGAACCACCCAUUACAGAGGAGUCGAUAUUAGAGCACUGCAUUAGAGAAGAGGCAAUGUCUGAUGUGUCCAAUGAAUCCUGUCAUGACCUUGACCCUGAUGAAAUGGAUGAAUGCCUGACAGUUGAAAUUGCAGCGGCCUCUUCAGAUAGUGAAACUGACGAAAAAUGGAGAACAAUAUUCUCCUCUUCUAUAAAUAAAGAAGAUGACGACUCAUAUUUGGACAGUCUUCAGCUGAGUGCUCAAGAGCUCUUUGUGCAGAAAGUUGAGGUGACAGACUUUGAAGAAGAAGACAACUUUGAAGAGGUCUGUUUUGAGGUUCCACAAGUGGAAGAAGUUCUGGAACAACCUGAGGAUAUAAUUUCCUUUCCCACUCCUACACAAGAGGUUAAAUAUAACCCUUUAGGGCUUCAAGGUUUAUCCAAAAUCUCUGAAGAUGAGAGUGAAAAUGGCAGAGACGCCAAUCAUAAUCACACCACCCACCAACAGCAGAUCAAUGCAGAUCAAAACAAGAAGCUACCUAAAGAUUUCUGUGUGAUACAGGAGACUAAGAGUGAAAAUGUUAGCACGGAGCAUGUGGACUUCCAGCUGGCUCGUAAACAGUGGCGAGAAAUGGAGGAGCAAACCAAGAACAAGAUCGUCUUACCCACCACAAAACAGCCCAGUUUCCACGGCAGCCACAGCUUCAUGUACACACCGGUCCGCAACAUUGAAAGAACGCACAAGAAAGCACAUGAACUAGAGAACUUGAAUCUGAGUGGGGAUUAUUCUCACACCCAGUUCAGCCCUUGCUCAGAGGAUUCUGGCUUGGAUGAUUCCAGUUACAGGUCGCCUUACGAUGACCCAGAAACACCAGUUGAAAGGGAGAUUCGCAUAUCAAUGGAGAGGGAGGAAAACUUCAGGAGAGAGAGAGGACUCUCCAGGAUGGGCAAAUCAACCGAUUGUGCUCCAUCACGAAGUAUCCCCAGAUCCAUAAGCACUCCACUGACACCAUCAUUCAUCAUCACCUCCUCACCUACUAAGGAACCACUGAAACAUGACGUGUCAGCAAACAAUGUUAUCAUACUCGACCCCAGCAAUGAUUUUACCUCCAGCCCCAGACAUGGCAAAGACAAUGUGGCAGCUAGGUCAGGUGAAUGGCGUUCCGAGGACAACAGCUCCAACCUCAUCAUCCUAGAGACAUCCAACCUGAUUAUUCGCAGUGCCUCUGAGUUCUCCCUAAACAAAGCCCAUGAGCAGCCACAGGAAAAAAUGUUCCUGAACAAUCCCUUUUUCAAGUUGCGUUCAAGAAGCACAAUAUCACUGGUGGAUGAAGAGAUUAAGUUGGUGAAGCAGAGAGAGGAGGAGCUGAGGAAAGAGAGAGCAAAUCUGUAUGGCAAAGACAGGUUCAAUACAGACAGGAUGUUGUCAAAUCACAUGGACACUUUGACAUUUGACACUUCAGCUGAUGUACCAGUGAAAUGCAAGUCCUCACCAUCAUCACCAAUGAAAACAGCCUACAGGAUGGAUCGCUCUGCUUUAUCGUGUGAUCACAGAUUUCCAGAGGUCUACACAGGAGGAAGACGCAAGAGUGCCAUGGCUCUGCGCUGGGAGGCGGGCGAGUUUACAAAAAAUGACUGAAGAGGAACAAGUCAACAGUUUGCCAUAUAAGGGCAUCGAUUGUCAGUGUUAUUCUCAUUCAAGUUAGAUACAGCAUUGCAAUUGUUUGUUUCAUGUUGUGACAUAACCUAAACUCUGCUUCUGUGAUGCUUUUGGCAAAAAAAAAAAAAAGAAAAAAAAAAGAAAAACAAUGAGAAUGUUUAUGGCCACAUUAGUUUGGACAAAGUCCAAAGAGAACUGAUACACAAAGUAAGCACUUGUGAGCACUUGAUUCUGGACGGAGGGUGUACAUUAUUUUCAGAUGCCCACACAGUUCUGAAAUGUCCUCAUUACGUCUGAAUCAGCACUCAUAGCUGGAAGGCUGCUGGUUUCAGCUCUUACUAGGCUACAGCUUCUACUACUUGUUGUAGUAGUAAUGUUUAUUACAAGAUUGACAAAAACCGUGCCAACACACACAUUCCAUUUGAACCAAAUUAAGAAUAAAUGAUGCAAAUAUUUUGAACUGUAAGUGGCUGUGGUAUAAAUAGGCUAAUCCUAUCCAAUCAGGGCAAGUAUUAAAAAUAUAUCAAUCUACAGAGGAAAACCCAGGUUAUCAGUUCAUGUGUCAUGCAAUAACAUUCAGUAACUGCAUGGCUCCUUGUGUCCCAUUGCCUAAUGAAGAACUGCUUAAAAAGUCCAAUCCAGGAGCACAGCAGCUCGAAAAACUGCCACUGGAUGAAACAGAGAUUCUCUGAUCCCUGAUUGGGCUUUUAUUAUCAGGCUAAUACAGUACUCACAUGCUGAAUGUAGAAAAAGUUAUUGGUCACUGUAAUCAGAAACUGCUAACAUAAUAUUACGUUUAGUGUUGUAUCCCAUUUGAAUAGGGGGAGAGCAGCCCUCUUAGGUUUGAGAUAGAGCUUAAUUUAGGUUAUUGUUAGGUUAUGGUUUGAAGCCAGGGCUAUUGUUGGGUUGAGAUUAAUAAGUAAUUGAUUUUUCUGGGUCACUAGGGGCUAGCACAAACAGUGUAGUUUUUUUUAUAACAAACUAUGGUUAUGGAGAUUGUGUCAGUAAUCUGUUUCCUAUUUACGCAUCCAGUGGAGAUAGAGCAACAUGGUCCCUGAUUUGGAGCUUUGUGCCCACCUGAAAUACAAUAUUCACUCCUUUCAGCUCUAGUUUGUAUCUCUACCAAUUCUUGAGGUAUAUGUCUCUUUAGCUGCUAAAUGCUACUCUGUGUUCACCAGUUAGUCUCUUACUGAGUCUGUCAACUGGUAGUGUACAGUUCUCUGAGCUUUUUAACUCACACCAGCAGCCUGAUGUUGCAGGAAAUUAGGUUGCUGAGUGAACUGAGACUGAACCAAAAUAAUAAAGUUGUAAGCAACAGUAAGCUGAAAGGUGCUGAGAUGCCCUGCACAGCUGAGGGAAACUGCAGAGUUGGUGAUAAUUCUCAUAGUUAUUUGAUCCAUUGUAAAUAGAAAAAUAAGGAUUAGCGUAGCUUUCAGGUAACGGGGACCACAAAUUGAUGGGAAAGCAGACUUUAACACACCACCACCAACAAAUAUACCUGUGACUACAGACUUCAAAAGUAUUGCUCUACUGUAGCUCAACAAGGAAAUACAGACCGUGAGAGACUAGUAUGGGUAACUCCUAGAAGUCGAUUGGUCGAUGCAUCUGUUGAGAAAACGUGGCUGGCUAUAAACGGAAUCUUGUCUUAAAAAGACACAACCACAAGCCUAACUGUGGUGGAGGGCAGCGUGAGUCAGGGCAGUGUGACUCAUUUCUGUUGGCCACACCAAUACUCUCAGCUCUGGUGUCUGAGUGACUGUGCUGUCAUCAGCCUUACAUCUAGGUAGGAUUUCAUAACUGAGCUAUGCCCAAAAUGCCUUUUGCUUGCCCUAAGGGAAUAAGGAUGAUAAUAAUAUCUCAUGCCAGUGGAUUUUCUGAUUCUGAUUUAGAUAGCCUGUGUGUGUGUGUGUGUGUGUGUGUAUCCACACACACACACGCGCAUAUAUAUACACACACAACUUUAACCGCUCUGAAGAGACUGCUUAAUUGUCAGUGUGUCAACCAGGAAUGAUUACAGCUACCCAAAAACUCUUUCAACAUAAUGAUAUGUGACUAUUGCAUUAAGACUGACUUGAAAAAAAAAAACAACUGAACUUCUAGUUUAUAUAAAAGAUAAUUUGCUGACAGUAAACAAAAAAAUACAGCUUUUUUGCUACGAUGCCUGAAUGUUAGACAACUGUAUUGUUGAGUCCACUCUUUGCUAAACUUUUCUGGACAUUAUAAAUGUAAAUCAGAUUUGAAAACAUAUUUUGAUGUUAUUGUAAGUCUUGAUAAAGCAAAUGCUACAUUGCUCAGUGUAUAUUAAUUGUAUUUUCGUACUAUGCUUUUUUUUUUUGCUGCAAAUGAUAUUUCAGGGUGAGCCGGAUGGACAUAAAUGAGCACAAUAUACAGAACAUUACACCCAAACCUUCACUCAAAAAACUCAUAGUAAAUGUCAAGAUUUUAGUGAUGGUAAAUAUAAAAGUGCAUCUCAGUUUUGUCACCCCCUGAGUGAUACUUAAAGACAAAGAACCAUUUGAGUUGUCUGAUUGAGCUAGCUCCACAUUAUUCUGUAUGACCUAUAGUAGGACAAUCCAGGAAGUACAGGUAUUUGUUGACACUGCUGCCACGGCACUCAAAACUAGGGAACCAAUGAGACUACGUGGAAUGUGGAUUUCCAUUGUCUGAAAUCUAAUGUCAGCGCUUUGGAAAUUCUAUAAGCAAAUAAAUGAAUAAAUAAAUAAAAUAGGUUUCUGCAGAUUAACCUACUUUAUUCUUUAUACAAUAGCACUAUAAAUGAAUGUUGACUUAUACAGAGUGAGGCCACAGUGUACUCACAUAUACUUCUUGUAAAUGUUCAAUCAAAUUCUGACUUUACUUUCCAACAUUCUUUCAAUUUUUAUGUAUCAGGGCAUUUGUAGGCCAGUAUUCAUUUUAAAGCACUUUUCUUUGUGGUUCCCUUUAUUGUGACAUGCAUGACCACAAACAAGACAUUUUCAAAAGAGAUUUUCUUAAGUGGUAUCUGCUGAUUUUAAUAAAGAAAUGUUUAUCAUUAUUUACAAAGCCUUGAUAUGUCCAGCUACUCUGAAAAGCAGGUUAUAAGAGCUUGGUACUUUCUUGACCUUGGAUUGAACUGACCUUAAACAGCAUUGUUUUACGUUUCAUGUUUGUAUGCUUCACUGUUAGAGUAUAGCUUACAAAUCUCAAGGAUUACUUGCUGAUGUAUGAACAUGGUGUGAAAAGUCCCUGCCAUUGAUUUUUUGGGUUUACUGGGCUCUUAACUGAACUACACUAAAUAUGCAGGGACUUUUCACUUUGUAUUCUUCAUGCAAGUAUUGAAGAGAUUAGUGCAACAAUAAAAGAUGUAUAUGAAGAA